GCCCCCUCCUUCCCUUCCAUCCCAGCCCUCUGCUUGUCAUGCCUGGAUCCUCCUCCUCUCCCCCCUCCCCAUCAAAGCAGAGAAUCCCCUGCCCUCUAGAAGAGCAUCUCCGAAGUACAAGCUGAUUGCAUCCAAAGGGGGCCCUCCUGCCUCUUAUGGACAGUCUCCCCCUGGGAUCAAGGCAGGCAUCCUCUCCCGAGCAAAGCUGGCUCUUCACCUGGCGGUGCAUUUGCUGCAAGCCCCGGACAACCACAGCUCUCUCCAGAGUUCGAAGGCGGGGAAUGCUGGACUGUCAGGACAGUGGGGCCAAGGGGGCCCCCAUCCACACUAAAAUCUCCUUCUCCAUCUUGGACAUCCUGGAUCCUCAGAAAUUUACCAGCAAAAACAAUCCAGCAGCGGGGAGAAGGGAGUGCAUCCCACAGGCCGGACAGCAGGAGAAAAGUUUGGGAAGAGUUGCGGCAGAAAGGAAUUCAAGCCACCAGAGGAAUAAGCUACAGGCAUAUCAUGAUGCAGACGGCCAAGCAGAGCGCCCGGCAGCCGCCUCGGAGAUAUCGGAGCAAAAGGAGGAGCCGCCGGGCCGAGCCGGCAGCCGCUUAGCCACCGCGGCUGCCUCAGCUCCGCUUCACUCGCCCGACUUCCCGGCCUCCUCGUCGUCGGAUCUGGACGAGCCCGGCUCUCCGCCAGCGUCCAAGCGGCGACGGGCAGAGUCUGGCUGCGCCAAGCCCCGGCGGGCCAGGACGGCCUUUACCUACGAGCAGCUGGUGGCCUUGGAGAACAAGUUCCGCGCCACGAGGUACUUGUCUGUGUGCGAGCGCCUCAACCUGGCUCUGUCGCUCAGCCUGACUGAGACGCAGGUCAAAAUCUGGUUCCAGAACCGAAGGACCAAGUGGAAGAAACAAAACCCCGGGGUGGAAAGCACGGCGCAGCCGGGGAGCAACGCUCUGCUCCCUGGUGGUGGAGGAGGUGGUGGCGGCGGCGGCGCCGGGGGCAGGCCCAGCCCGCCGGGCCCCAGCGCCUUGGCCUACCAGACUUUCCCCUCCUAUGGCUCGGCCAAUGUCGUGUUCCCAGCUGGGGCUCCUCUCCCGCUCCCGGCAGCAGUCGGAGGAGGACCCUUCCCGCCCUUCCUCAGCCCCACUUAUUUGGCUCCGUUUUAUACCCCUCACCUAUAGAAGGUUACCAGCCUUGCAGAGCGUCCAGCUUUAUUCCCUCUGCAGGGGUGGAGACUAGCAAACUGUGUUAUGUUGAAAAAAAGAAAAUAAAAGAAUCGCGCAUGUCUGCUCAUGCACUGUUUUACUAGGUCUUACUUAGGAGCAUGCCAUCCACGGAUCACCACUACCUAGGUGCUUUUUUUUUUUAAACAACACAUUGUGUUUGGAAAAUGUGGGCGACCAAGGAUCAAUCUCCGUUUUCUUUUUUUCCCCCCAUGAGAAGCUGCAAAAAGCAAGAAACUGAAGUUUGGGAAGCCCCCUGGCAGCAGAGUGACUUUCAAUACAAGAAGGUGUAUUUUUUAAAAAAUACACAAUUUGAUAUUUAUACAACAGAUGGCUGGCAAACAGAGAAUGGAAGAAGAUACAAAUAUUGUGGAUUUAACAAUGGGCAAAGGGCAGCUAAAGCUGGUCAUCUUUCUCCUCAUCCCUGUAACCUUUGAGCCUGCAGUGUGGUGAGCCGUUCCCACCCCUCCUAGAUAUGCUAGCUGCUGGCCCAGGCUGUUGUGGGGGGGACCUCUGCUGCAUGACCCCAUCUGACUAUGGAAUUAAUUUCAGGACAGAAUUGCAGGAAUGAAGUGAUUGUGGAAUAUGCAAAAUGUAGAUUGGAAAGGAAUACAAUAUUUUAAUAAAAUGUGCAUUGUACUAUA